CUCAGCCCGGAGCAACCAGCGACGCAUCAGUGUGAUCGUUUCGCGCAGAGCCCACGGAGGAGCGAGGGAGCGACACACACCGCAGAGGGGAAGCUGCCUUAAAGCUUGGAUUAUGCUUUAACCGCUCGCUUAAAACAGUGGAAGAAAUCUGCUUGGGGCGAUUAUGAUACAGUAGCAGAAAAAGUGGAUAGAGUGCAGCUCGGGCAAUCCAUACGGCUGUGCAUGCAUGCUGCAGUUGGUGUCCUAAUAUGAUCAUGUACAUUCCUCCGCAUUGCACGUAAAAGCCACCGUCAGUGUUUCUGCACCCCCGCACCGUCCACUUGGAUUGUGGCUGCAGUCGUGCACCAACUGGGUGAGCCGUGCUGUCCAGAGGCUGGUCGAGCCGACCCGCCACCAGGGUGAGAAGCGACCGGGCUGCACUGUGCUGUUUGGUGGUUCACACGAUGCGUCUGUUUCUGCUGGCGGUGCUCUUCUCGUGCUCCUGUGCGCGGGCCGGCUGUGAGCCAAAGAUUGUGAACAUCGGGGCCGUCCUGAGCCAGAAGAGGUACGAGCAGGUUUUCAAAGAUGCCGUGACUCAAGCCAACCAGAUCUACGGGAGGGAUAAGUUCAAGCUGACCGCCAUCUCCGUAACGCAUAAACCCAACGCCAUUCAAAUGGCCCUUUCUGUCUGCGAGGACCUCAUCUCCAGCCAGGUCUACGCUAUCCUGGUGAGUCACCCUCCCCAGUCCAACGACCACCUCACUCCGACGCCUGUGUCUUACACAGCGGGUUUCUAUCGCAUUCCUGUGGUGGGGCUCACCACCCGCAUGUCCAUCUACUCAGACAAGAGUAUCCAUCUGUCCUUUCUGCGGACAGUGCCUCCCUACUCCCACCAGGCUCACGUGUGGUUCGACAUGAUGCGCGAGUUCCGCUGGAACCACAUCAUCCUGAUCGUGAGCGACGACCACGAGGGGCGGGCUGCCCAAAAGAGGCUUGAGACCCUCUUGGAGGAGAGAGAAACAAAGAAUAAAAAAAGGAACUAUGAAAACCUCGACCAACUGUCCUAUGACAACAAGCGAGGACCUAAGGCAGAGAAAGUCCUCCAGUUCAGCCAGGAGACUAACUUAACUGCCCUGCUGCUGGAGGCUAAAGAGCUGGAGGCCCGUGUCAUCAUCCUCUCCGCCAGUGAGGAGGACGCUGCUGCAGUAUACAAGGCUGCCCGCUUCCUCAACAUGACAGGCUCAGGCUACGUGUGGCUGGUGGGCGAGCGGGAGAUGUCGGGUAAAGCCCUAAGUGAGGCACCAGACGGUCUGAUUGGCCUCCAGCUCAUCAACGGGAAGAAUGAGUCCGCCCAUAUCAAUGAUGCGGUGGCUGUAGUGGCCCAGUCCAUCCAGGAACUUUUUGAAAAGGAGAAUAUCACAGAGCCGCCAAGAGGCUGUGUGGGGAACACCAACAUCUGGAAAACAGGGCCUCUCUUUAAAAGGGUACUGAUGUCGUCCAAGUACCCAGAGGGCCUCACAGGGCGGGUGGAGUUCAACGACGACGGAGACAGGAAGUACGCUCACUACAGCAUUCUCAACUACCAGAAGAGUCGGCUCAUUCAAGUCGGCAUAUACAAUGGAACACAGGUGGUCAUGAACAAUCAGCGGAAGAUCAUCUGGCCUGGAGGAGAGACAGAGAAACCGCGGGGCUUCCAGAUGUCCACUCGCUUAAAGAUAGUGACGAUACACCAGGAGCCAUUUGUGUAUGUGAAACCCACUCUACAGGAUGGAACCUGUAAGGAGGAAAUGACAUUAAAUGGAGUGCAAAUUAAAAAGGUUAUCUGCACUGGGCCCAAUGAGACCAUCCCAGGUAACACAACAGGACGCCCAAUUGUACCUCAAUGUUGUUAUGGAUUCUGUAUUGACCUUCUUAUCAAGUUAGCCAUGACCAUGAACUUUACCUAUGAGGUGCAUCUGGUGGCCGAUGGGAAAUUUGGAACGCAAGAGCGGGUGAACAACAGCAACAAGAAAGAGUGGAAUGGCAUGAUGGGAGAGCUCCUGGGGGGCCUGGCUGACAUGAUUGUUGCCCCGCUGACUAUAAACAACGAACGAGCCCAGUACAUCGAGUUCUCCAAACCUUUUAAGUACCAAGGCCUCACCAUCCUCGUUAAAAAGGAAAUCCCUCGCAGUACACUGGAUUCAUUCAUGCAGCCGUUCCAGAGCACGCUGUGGCUGCUGGUGGGUCUGUCGGUGCAUGUGGUGGCGGUGAUGCUUUACCUACUAGACCGGUUCAGCCCGUUUGGAAGGUUUAAAGUAAACAGUGAAGAAGAAGAAGAAGACGCCCUUACCUUAUCGUCCGCGAUGUGGUUCUCCUGGGGAGUGCUGCUGAACUCUGGAAUUGGAGAAGGUGCGCCGCGUAGCUUCUCAGCGAGAAUCCUGGGCAUGGUUUGGGCUGGCUUCGCCAUGAUCAUUGUGGCAUCGUACACUGCCAACCUGGCUGCCUUUCUGGUGUUGGACCGGCCUGAGGAGCGCAUCACCGGCAUCAAUGACCCAAGGCUGAGGAAUCCAUCGGACAAGUUCAUCUACGCCACGGUGAAGCAGAGCUCCGUGGACAUCUACUUCCGGCGGCAGGUGGAGCUUAGCACCAUGUACCGCCACAUGGAGAAGCACAACUAUGAGAGUGCCGCCGAGGCCAUCCAGGCCGUGCGUGACAACAAGCUGCAUGCUUUCAUCUGGGACUCUGCGGUGCUGGAGUUUGAAGCCUCGCAGAAGUGCGACCUGGUGACCACGGGAGAGCUGUUUUUCCGUUCGGGCUUUGGCAUAGGCAUGCGCAAGGACAGCCCCUGGAAACAGAAUGUGUCCCUGGCCAUUCUCAGUUCUCAUGAGAACGGCUUCAUGGAAGACCUAGAUAAAACCUGGGUGAGAUACCAGGAGUGUGACUCAAGGAGCAAUGCCCCAGCCACACUCACCUUUGAGAACAUGGCAGGGGUCUUCAUGCUGGUGGCUGGCGGCAUAGCAGCAGGGAUCUUCCUCAUCUUUAUUGAAAUCGCCUAUAAGCGCCAUAAAGACGCCCGCAGGAAGCAGAUGCAGCUGGCCUUUGCGGCCGUCAAUGUUUGGAGGAAGAACCUGCAGCAGUACCCACCCACUGACAUCACGGGCCAACUCAACUUGUCCGACCCGUCUGUCAGCACAGUGGUGUGAGAGGGAGGCACAGAGAUUUGCUCCCUGAGGAGAGAGAGAGAGAGAGAGUGAGAGAGAGAGAGAGUGAGAGAAAGAGAGAGAGAGAGAGAGAAGAAGAAGAACAAGAAGAGGAAGAAGAGGAGAAGGAGAGAGCCUUCUCUUUGGUCUCUUUACUGUGCUGUGGAUCCAUCGUCGCCGAAGUUUCCAUUUCAUUGCCUGCCAAUGAAGCUUUGAGGACACCAUGCUGUUUGCUGAAGAACCGGGAGAACAAAGUGGACUGAGCUGAACUGAACUGAACCGAACCGGCUGAAACACUGAUCUUGCACCUUUUGACGCCAGAAUGAUCUGGCAUUAGAUAUUUCUAGGGGUCCCCGAGCAUGCAUAGACGAACCCAUCUGGCACACACAACGUUUUCCUUCUGUAUACUCUUAGGAAACUUAUUUAACCUUGUUUUUGUCUCUUAACUCACACAAAUUUACUUACAGAUGACAUUGUGAUGUUUGAUGUUACUACUUUUCGAUUAUACCUACCUGAUCUGCUGUACUGCUUUUAGCAAGCCAGUUUAUAAACCAGUUUUUGGUGCAAGUACUGUACUCAACAUAUCAUUUCUAAUUAGGGACUAGAUACCAUUAGUAUUACCCGUUCUUUCUAAACAACAUGUAUUGCAAUACAAUAUGUACUGUAAGCUUCAAUGAAUAUCAGCCUAAGUAUUUUUUAUUAAGAGGUACCUGUGUUUUUAUCUACAUGCAUUUGAAACUUUUUAGACGAAAUUUCUUUAAUCGGGAAGCACUAUUGGUGAAGAUCUGAACUUCUCUGAGAAAUUUUUAUCUACCAGUGAGGAUGAUGGAAGCAUGUGUGUCCUUGUAUUUGCAUAGGAGAGCUUUCUGUAUGCAUUCUUUCUACAUGAUGAUACUGGAAACGUUGUUUUACGUAGAAGGCUAUUUUUCAGACACUGCAGUUGUUCUGUUGAAAUUGAAUUCUUUACCCCUGUAUGCAUUUCUACUUAUCUACUCAAACGCAUGAUUUGUUCCUCCCCCCCCAUUCAGCAAAGAACUAGCCUCAAUUUCUUAACAAUUGUCAUAUGGUAUUAAUGUGCACAUGUGAUUACUUCACAAUUCUCACACAUGGCCUGGAAGGAGAAUGUGUUAAUCGCUAUUUAUGAUAUGAGAUAAAUACAUCAACAUAGGAGGUAAUCUAUGGAAGGCUGGUAUUGUAUGUAUAGCUAUGUUGAGACGCUCUGAAGUCCUAGCUAUAAGCCAUAUCAUGUUUGGGAAUACCCUCUCUCUCCCUCUCUCCUUCCGCAGUCUUUCUCAUUUCCAGUCUCAAGGGGUUGCAUCAAAGGGCCAGGUUUUUCACCCAACCAGCACUUGGUCUUUCAUGCAAAACCUCCUUCCUGCGCAGCACCGUCUCGCUCUGGCUUGUGCUCCGGAGAGCUUUUGCAUGAGGGAACCCGAGUGAAUUGAUAACGUAACCCAACUUUCAGCCCCUGGUGCUGUGAGUUUGUGUCCAUGUCUUGGUUAGAUGCAAAAACAGGCCGUUUCCCAUUUUCUGGAGCUGAGAAACCACUGCCAAUUUGUUGAAAGACUAUCAUAUCCUUUCUGGUAUGUGGCACUGCAUAGCACUUUAUGCUGAGGGGUUUCCCAAACUCAACCCAUCGAGAAAGGUUACCAGUCGCCCAUUUUAACAUUUAAAUAAAAACACAACUGCAAAGAAUUAUAUCAGUCUGACUAAAAAGUAAAGAAAUAGUGCAACACUUUUAGAUAGUAAUGAGUAGUUUUAAUUUAACUAAUCUAUUUUUUAUUUCAGCUCAGUUAGAAAGACAGUAGUAUCUGUGAGCUAUUUGCAUAUAGAAAGAAGAUCACUUUUAAGAAUAAACACACAAUGCGCUAACACAAAAAUUUCGUUUCUAAAUGUGAAUUGUUAUAAUAAUUGAAAGGUUGCUUCUGAUCAUGUUCUCAUUCUGGCUCAUUCUAGCCUAUGCAUGCUUGCGUGUAAUUAUAAUUGCUUUAAUUUUGUUUUUUGUUUGUUUUUUUUUUGGAUGCGAGUUUAUUGACAUGUAUAAUUUAUUGAUUUGUCUGAAGCACUUAACAUUGAAUGCCUUGUAAAUAUUAUCUGGUUUGAUCUAGAUGGUUGAGGACAAUGUAUUGCGCUUGUAUUGAGACUGCAGCAGAGAAUGUCUUAGGCAGUUGUUUCACACACACACACACACACACACACACACACACACACACAGUUGUCACACCCACACACACGCACUCACACAGAAACACACACACACAUGCACACACACACUCAUGAAACCCCUGAAUGGAGGAAUCGCUUGAUUUUCUUAAAUCCUCAAUCAGUUAAUUCAUUAAAGAUCUUGCAUUGAAUCAUCUUGUUUAUAUUUGAACAACUGUAAAUAAAAUGUACUUACAUAUUGCCAAGUCAAA